GUCUGAUUGGCUCAAUCUUUUCCAUCCUACAAUUUUUCUCCUCUCCCCUUACUGGUGCUGUGUCGGACUGCUUGGGCAGAAGGCCUGUCAUCUUGCUGACAGUGAUUGGUUUGAUAGCAUCAUACGCACUGUGGGCUGCCUCUAGGACUUUUGGCGUUUUUCUUCUCUCCAGGAUCAUAGGUGGAAUAAGCAAAGGGAACGUCAGCCUCUCCACAGCUGUAAUUGCUGACUUGCACUCUCCAAAAGCACGGAGCAAGGGCAUGGCAAUGAUUGGGGUUGCUUUCUCCCUUGGUUUUACCCUGGGUCCCAUGAUUGGAGCUUACCUAGCCAUGGAGACAGAGAAAGGAGAAGUCUUCUAUCUUCGUUCAGCGUUGUUAGCACUCACGUUUGCUGUGGCUGAUUUAAUUUUCAUCUUCUUCCUACUUCCGGAGACACUUCCCAAAGAAAAACGGGUCUCUUCUGUGAUGUCGGGAUUUCAGGCAGCAGUUGACUUGCUCAGUCCUUUGGCUUUAUUUCAGUUCUCUGCAGUCACCCGAGGAAAGCAAUCUCCUUCACAGGAAAAUCUUCAGAAUCUCAAAAUCUUGGGCCUGGCUUAUUUCCUGUACCUCUUCCUGUUUUCCGGCUUGGAGUAUACACUGAGUUUUCUCACUCACCAGAGAUUCCAGUUCAGCAGCAUGCAGCAGGGCAAGAUGUUUUUCUUUAUUGGAAUAACAAUGGCUGCGAUCCAGGGAGGCUAUGCACGCCGAAUCAAGCCAGGAAAUGAAAUCAGAGCUGUAAAAAGGGCUAUUAUGUUGCUGAUUCCAGCUUUCCUGUUAAUUGGAUGGGCUGCAAAUGUGACCAUGCUGAGCGCUGGGCUGCUGCUGUACUCCUUCGCUGCGGCCAUUGUUAUCCCGUGUCUGUCAGCAGUGGUGUCAGGCUACGGCACAGCCAGCCAGAAGGGACGCGUCAUGGGGAUCCUGCGGAGCCUGGGCGCCCUGGCCAGAGCCCUGGGCCCCAUCCUGUCAGCCACAGUUUACUGGCUGGCCGGGGCAGAGGUUUGCUUCACUCUCUGUGGAGCUUUGUUCCUCAUCCCCUUCAUUUUACUUGGCUCUAUAAACCAGCAGACGAAGGAGGAGUAG